AUGUCCUGCAAGAAAUUAGGAAAAUUAGGCUCUGCGUGGUGGCAGAAAAGUAGGGGGACCACGCCUUUGUCAAGAUAUGCAAAAAUUCAAGCUUUUGCGUGUGGAAGCCUGGCCUCUGGUGGUUUGGAUAGCAAUGGGGGGAAAUGUUGCAAAAACGGCCCUAACAGCGAGUCGAACCCAAGUACAAAUGGAGUGUCCGUUCCUCCGUCGUCUUCCUCUCCGGCUCAUAGGCACCAUGUCGUGGGCAAGAAGCGUGGCGAAGAGUCCAUCGGUGCAUCUGGACGCUCAUUUUCCUCCACCGCUCCUAAGAUCGACCCAAAGAUCUACUUGUGGGCUCGGUAUAACGAAAUGAAGCGGCUGGUGCACGACCUGAUACCUCCUGGUGUGUGCAACCUGUUAAAUCCCUCAACCAUUUACGCCAACAAUGAGGUCAACUUGGCUGAGGUGGACAUCUAUGGGUUCGACUAUGACUAUACACUUGCCCUCUACUCCAGCGCUUUGGAUGCCAUGAUCUACAACAAAGCUCGAGACUUUCUCAUCGAGCACUACAAGUAUCCGCAGGACAUUAGCAAGUAUGACUAUAUCCCCAACUUUGCAGCACGGGGCCUUCAUUAUGAUAUUCAGAAGGGGCUCUUGAUGAAAAUAGAUGCUUUCCAUUACAUCCAGCCGGGGACAGUGUACAGAGGGUUAAGUCCGCUUUCUGAUGAGGAAGUUCUGCGGCUCUAUGAUGGCACGCAUCACGUUCCUCUUCACCAAGUCAGCGGCUUCUACGGCAAGGGCCCUAAAAUGAAGCAAUUUAUGGAUGUGUUCUCCAUCCCAGAAAUGACUCUCCUUGCCGUUGCCAAUGACUACUUCAUCACCAAUGACAUAGACUAUGAUCCUGUGCACCUCUACAAGGACGUGUCUGAUGCUGUAGGAAUGGUACACAUUAAAGGCUACAUGUACAAGUGGAUCAUGCAGGACCUGGAAAAGUACAUCCUGCGAGGAGACGAGACCUACGCCGUCCUCCACCGGCUGGUCAGCAACGGCAAGAAGCUCUUCCUCAUCACCAACAGCCCCUUUAGCUUUGUGGACAAAGGCAUGAAGUACAUGGUUGGAAAGGACUGGAGGGAUUUCUUUGACGUGAUUAUAGUUCAGGCCGACAAACCACACUUCUUCAAUGAUUGUGUAAAGCCGUUCAGGCGUUUGGACAGCAAUGGUGACCUUCAGUGGGACAAAAUCAAAUGUUUGGACAAAGGCCAAAUCUAUAAACAGGGAAACCUGUUUGAUUUCUUGAGGUUGACUGGUUGGAGGGGAUCCAAGGUAUUCUAUUUCGGGGACCAUCUUUACAGUGACCUGGCAGACCUGAUGCUCCGGCACGGCUGGCGGACUGGGGCCAUUGUUCCUGAGCUGGAGAUGGAGACGAAGGUGGUGAACACAGAGCAGUAUGCUCAGAGCCUGACCUGGCUGCAGGCUCUCACCGGGCUCCUGGAACGCAUGCAGCUGCAUCGUGAUCCUGAGUCCAAGAAGGUUCUCCAGGACUGGCUGAAGGAGAGGGAGGAGCUGCGGGCCGUGACCAAGAACCUGUUCAACCCUCAGUUUGGCAGCAUCUUCCGCACCUGCCACAACCCCACGUACUUCUCGCGCCGCCUGUGCCGCUUCUCUGACCUCUACAUGGCAUCCAUCAGCUGCCUGCUGAAUUACGACCUGUCCUACACCUUCUACCCUCGCCGCACACCUUUACAGCACGAAGCUCCACUGUGGAUGGACCAGCUGUGCACUGGCUGCAUGAAGACGCCCUUCCUGGAGGAGAUGGCCCACAUCCGCUGAGACACACGUACUGGACACACUGUGUAUUUAUAUAUUUAAUAUAUAUACAUACACACAUACUGUUAGCAACACUUACAAACUGAAACAUAGGUCAAUGCUGCUCUUUGCCUGGGAUGGUGCUAUUGUACUUUGCAAGCAAGUCACAGGUUAGACAAGGUUUCCAUUAAUGGUUCCAUUACUGGUAAUACCUAAAAACAGAAAUGGUCUCACUUCAGCGUUUGCUUUACUUUAAGUGCAGUAUACACAGCUUGACUGUGGAAAUCCAAAUUAUGCAUAUAGUUUGGUGUGAAACUGGACGUUGUUAGGUUUAAGACUCUCUGGCACUUUUGAACAAAAUAAACGAAAUUUCAGUGUCAUUUUUUACCUUUUCCUGCCACUUCUCUUGAUGCUGAACUUCAGCUUUUGAAAGCGUAUACCUUGGAAACGUGCCACUAAGGGUGACAAAGUACGCAUGAGUCUCUUGUUAAGCUAAAGGAGGGUUUGUGGGGCCGGCAGCUGGGUAAUGAGCAAAGAUCCAGCCGUAGAAUAGUGUUGGAAAGGUAUGUAGCAUUGUGUUGUCGGGACAGGGAGCCAAUGUAAGCUGGGUUACUGUUGGAGGGGGAAAAAUAUGAGCUGUAAUUACCAAGAACUCUGCUUGCAAAUGUGAAGUAUUGCGAUAUUUUCUUGUGUUUACUGGUGAUUUGGAAAAGUGUAUCCGAAACAUCUUUGUUUGAAUCAAAACCUUGGGUUCGCAGUGGUAUGUGGUAAGGUGGUGGUAGGGCGAGCAGCCUGCUUUAAUAGCCUUUAGUAUUUAACGUGAAACAUGGACUUAGCAUAGCUGCUGGGGGAUGUAACAGCCAAAUCCUAUAAAAGCGCACAACAUGAUGCUAGGAUUUUUUUUUUAAUACUUAAUGUACUAUAUUCUUUGGAUUUCUUGUUUGAGAAUUCAUAAUAAAAGUUUUAUACUGAG